AUGUCUGCUUCAAAGUCUGCCGCUCAUAUAUUGAAACGCGUUUUGAUGGUUCCACCAAAACACUUCACAGUUGAAUACGCCAUCAAUCCAUGGAUGGGAGGAGUCGUCGAUAAGCAGAAGGCUCAACAACAGUGGGAUUCAUUGAAGUCUGCUAUCGAGAAAGCAGGUGUUCAAGUUUUGACAAUGGAUCAGACACAAGGACUUCCGGAUCAAGUCUUUGUGUGUAAUAGCGGAUUGGUCUAUGAUAACAAGGUAUACUUGUCCAGAUUUAGACAUAAGGAGAGAACUGGUGAGCAACCAUUAUACCUGGAGUGGUUCAAGAAAAAUGGUAUUACUACUAUCGGCGAGGGAUAUGAAGAAAUCUUCGAAGGUGGAGGUGAUGCCGUUUUCUCCGAUCGCAAAACCCUCUGGGCUGGGUAUGGAGAGCGUAGCUCAAAAUCUGUCUAUGAGAGAAUCAAGGCAUUGGGAUCAUUUGACAUUGUUCUCUGUGAUACGGUUCUCCCAAACUUCUAUCAUUUGGACACCUGCUUCGCUCCAGUUGAUGAGACCACUUCUCUCUACUAUCCUCCUGCUUUUUCAGAUGCAACUAACAAGGAGAUUCUUCGUCGUCUCCCCAACUCAAUUGCAGUUUCGGAAGCUGAAGCUAAUGCUUUCGUGUGCAAUGCUAUCACUAUCCGUGACACUGUAAUCUCGCCAAUCGGGGUCUCUCAAAACACGAAGAGUGCUCUAUCGGCACGCGGAAAACAAGUUGAAGAGGUCGACAUGAGCGAGUUCAUGAAGAGCGGUGGAGCCUGCCAGUGCCUCGUCUUGAGACUUUUGUAA